AUGAGUGGUUCUGUAGCACCCCACAAGCAUAUGAAGAUUGGUAGUCAGAAGCAGUUAGAUGAAGCUGUGUACAAGUGGUAUGUGCAGCAGAAGGCUUGUGGGAACAAGGUCACUUCUGGAACAAUACGUAAUGCGUGUGAACAGCUCAGUAAGCAUUUAGGUAUUCAGUUCAGUGCUAGUGAUGGUUGGUUAUGGCGUUUCAGAAACAGGUAUGGAUUGCGUGAUUUGGUGGUGAGGGGUGAAGCUGGCAGUGCAGAUACGGUCAGUGCUGAGGUCUACCGGGUCAAGCUUAAUGAGUUGAUUAAGGACGAAGGCCUUCUUAUGUCCCAAGUGUACAACGCAAAUGAAACAGGCUUAUUUUGGCGCUCACUACCCAAGAGUACACAGGCACGAAAGGAUGAAGAAGUUAUGAGGGGGAAGAUGUGUAAGGAGAGGAUUUCGGCGCUUUGUUACGCUAACGCCGACGAUAUGCACCAACACAAGCUGGUGAUUGUUGGCAAGUCUGCUCGUCCCCAUGCAUUGAAAGAUCACAUGCACACCUUACCAGUCCACUAUUACCACUCCAGGAAAGCUUGGUUUAAUGUUUUGACUUUCUCCGACUGGUUUUUUAAGCAUUUUGUACCAGAAGUACGACGGUACCAGGAGGAUGUCUUGAAGUUUAACCUUGAUGACGUAAGCGCUCUUCUUCUGCUAGAUAAUGCGCCUGCUCACCCUAGUGCUGACAAGCUUGUAAGUGCUGAUGGCAAAAUACGUAUCCUGUAUUUGCCUGCCAACACCACAUCACUCAUCCAACCGAUGGACCAAGGUGUCAUCAGUGCGGUGUAA